UUUUCUUUUCUGUAUGUUAUCCUCCAGACUAUUGAUUUAUAGUGUAGUGAGCAUAGCUAUUGUAUUCUUUCUUAUUCAGCUCAACUCUUAUCUUGCCUUUGUUUCCAUACCCAAUCAUGAACAAAGCAAGGAUUAUGCUGCCAUACUGACCUAUAUAUCUUCAUUGUCUAUUGGCUCAUUACUGCUUCUAUUUCAUGCUUGGUAUCAACAAGUCAAAUACAAGAAAGCUAAAUUAUUAGGCCAUACAUUAUCUCAUACACAGGUAUGGCCAUGGCUUUAUUACGAGUGGCGUAUCUUUCAAACGACUUUGUCCAUACAACAUAUUUUCAAGAUCUUGAUGAUUAUCAGCCUUAAUCUGAUCUCGAUUCUCUUGUUGCCAAACCCAAUGCCCGAGGACAAUUUACAAGUCAUGGCAAACCGAACUGCUCAACUUGCUAUGGUCAAUACAGCGUGUUCUGUUCUGUUAUCAGCUAAACGAUCCUUCAUUCAACAGCACUUUUUUAGUUUGGGCCAAACCAUACGAUGGCAUGUCUGGUUUGGACGCAUUGCGUUCAUUCAAGUCUUGUAUCACGGUACAUGGCAACUUCAGUUCAACUAUGAACAACAGCUGUUGAAUGUACGUUAUGUCUCGGGUACAUGUAUGCUAGCUGCCUUUUGUGUAUUGACCUUGGGAUCCCAUCCUUUGAUACGUACCUUGUCUUACAAGCUCUUUCGUGUCACUCAUCUGUUAGGCUUCUUUGUGUUGAUCUGCUUUGGGUGUCUUCAUCAUGGUUUAUUCUAUGUAUUUUAUGCAGCAGUGGUCUUGUUUUGGAUCACAGAUCAAUUGGACCGGUCUUACAAAACAGAAGUGUGUCAUGUAGAAGCCAUGCCUGGGGAUAUUGUCCGCAUAAGUUGUGAUGUGCCUUAUUCACACUCGUCUCUUACGCCUGGCCAAUUUGCAUACGUGUCCUUUUUCUCAACUUCAUGGUGGAAGGCUUGGUUUUAUUCACAUCCAUUCUCUAUUGCUCGUAUAGACUAUGACAUCAAAGAUGAACAGGACGCAUCUACUUUGAUUCCUAAACAAACAUAUUAUGUGUUUUAUAUCAAAGCAAAUGGUUCUCAAACAAGAAGAUUGUAUGAUCUGGGUCAAUCUUCUGCUGAUACCACCAUCAAGGCAAGAAUUAGUAAACCUUUAGGCAGGCCCUUUUUAACUAGCUCAGGGACUGAGUUUGGUGAUUUUGAAACGAUUGUGUUGGUAGCAGAAGGUGUAGGCAUCACACCUUGGAUUUGUUUGUUAGGAUACAUUCAAGAGAAACAACAUGCUAUCAAGACACAAACAGUGCAUUUGAUCUGGAGUAUCCAUGUAAUAGACACAUUUUACGCAUUUGAAAAGGAAUUGGAGGCAUUCUCCAACACGAUUCAGUUAGAUUUGCAGAUCCAGAUCUACAUUACUGGUCUAUCUGAUCCUGAAGAAAACUAUAGUAUACCCCAUAACUUGACUUCUAUCAAGUUUAAAGCUUCUUUUAGACCUAAUUAUCCUCAACUUUUUCAUGACAUUCAAGGUCACUCUACAGUGGCAUUAGGUGUCUGUGCACAUGAAUCUACCAUGACAACCACACACAAUCUCGCUGUGCGUUAUGAUUGGCCAAUGCGAAAAGAAAGAUUUGAACUCUAGUUUAAUAAACAAG